CGAUGCAGUCCGAAGUAGAUUACCACGAGUACUGCUCAGGAGGAUUUGACCCGGAUGACAUCGUCAUCAGCGGCGUAGCUGGCAGAUUCCCUAAUUGUGACACGGUUGGAGAAUUGAAGGAAGCUUUGCUGACAAAGAAAGACCUAAUGCUGUUUUCUGAUGAGCGCUUUGAAAAAGGGGCUCGUGGUAUGCCACACUCUUCAGUAGGCCUUGUAAAAAAUCUGGACAAAUUCGAUGCUCAAUUUUUUCAUUUGACUAACUCAACAGCCGAUUAUGUGGAACCUCAGCAAAGGAAAGUUUUAGAAGUUACUUACGAAGCUAUUUUUGACUCAGGAUAUGAUGCGACGUCUUUGAGAGGAGCCAAUAUCGGCGUUUACAAUGCGACAACCUGUGAUGAUGCAAAAGAAAUCAUGAUAAAUCAAGGGGAACUAAAAAAAAAUAUAUGUAUAAGUAUAGGACGAUACAUGAAUGCGAACAGAAUUUCAUUCGCCUUUGACUUUCAUGGGCCAAGUUUUUCGAUGGAUGCCGCCUGUGCUUCCUCUGCACUUGCCCUCUGGAAUGCAUUCCAUGACAUUCGGAAUGGUCGUAUUGAUGCUGCUGUUGUGAGUGGAUGCCAAUUAUGUUUAUCGCCUACUAUGGCCAUUGGAUAUAUGAAGAGUGGAAUGUGCUCUGAAAAUGGCAAAUGUAUACCUUUUGAUGCAAAAGCUGAAGGCAUUGUCCGUUGCGAAAGCAUCUCUGCAUUGUUCUUGCAGAAAGCAUCAGUUGCUCGAAGGGUGUACGCCACAGUAUCAUAUGUGUCAACUAGAACAACAGGAGCUGUUGCUGAAGGUAUUUCCGUGCCUUCUUAUAAAGAGGAGGUAGAACUUUUUGAAGAUUGCUUGAAAGGUGCUGGAAUUACUGCUCAAGAUGUAGAUUUCGUAGAAGCUCACGGAACCGGAACAGUAGUCGGUGAUCCCAUCGAACUGAAUGCGAUUUCAUCAGUUUAUUGCGAAGGAAGAGAAACGCCUCUUCUCAUUGGAACUAUAAAGGGGAACGUUGGUCAUACAGAGGCUUCUUCAGGUAUUUGUGGCAUCUUGAAAGGUAUCAUAAGUUUUGAAACUGGUUUGAUUCCUCCAAAUUAUGAAUAUAAUACUCCCAACCCGCACUGUCCAGCUUUAGUUGACGGUCGAAUGGUAGUUGUGACUGAACCAGUUCCCCUUACGAAACCAUAUAUUCCCGUCAACUGCUUUGGCUUCGGUGGAUCUAUAGUACAAACUAUGCUGAAGCAAAACCCCAUCGAAUCCACUAGCAGACCAGAAAAGCGAGUUUUGCCCAGCCCAGCCUAUGUGAAACCUUUCCGUGGAUAUGCACUUUACGAAAAUGAAAAGGAACCAAUUAUACAAGUAAAAAAUGCAUUGAGCGAAAAGAGACAAGUAUGGUUUGUGUUGACUGGUAUGGGAUGCCAAUGGCCAGGCAUGGGUCUCCAGCUAAUGGGAAUCAGUGCCUUUGCUGAAUCGAUGAAGAAAUCGGCUGCUGUACUGAAACCUUAUGGUGUCGAUCUUUUCGAAUUCCUAAGGCCAGAUAAAAAUGAUUUGCUAGUUGAAAGAUCUAUUACACCAGCUUUCGUUUCAAUAGUUGCCAUUCAGAUCGCCCUUAUCGAUGUGCUCAAAUCUCUUGAUAUCCACCCGGAUGGAAUUGUUGGACACAGUACAGGAGAGUUAGUAUGUGCAUAUGCUGAUGGCUGUUGCACAGCUAAACAGACAAUUCUUUCUGCUUAUUGGAGAGGCAUCGCUGUCGAGAGAUCAAGCCUUCCAACAGGUGCAAUGGCUGCUGUUGGUUUAACAUGGGACAAGGCAGUAAAUAAGUGUCCAGAAAAUGUGUAUCCUGCAUGUGAUAAUGCUUCAGAUUCUGUCACUAUUUCUGGAUUGAAAGAACCCGUGGAGAAGUUUGUUGAGCAGUUGAAAAGCGAAAACAUUUUCGCUCGUGUCGUCGAUGCCUAUGGCUAUGCUUUCCAUUGCAAAUUGGUGUGUCCAGCAAAGACAAUUUUAUAUGCUGCCUUGGAGAAACUUAUUCCUGAUCCGAAACCCCGAACAGAGCGGUGGAUUAGUUCUAGUUUUUCAGAAGAAGAGUGGGACUUACCAGAAUGCAAGAUGGCGGGUCCGGAAUAUUUUAUUCAUAACCUCACUUCCAGUGUGCGUUUCAAAGAUGCAUUAAGCAAGAUACCUUCCGAUGCCAUCACUAUCGAAAUCGGACCACAUUUCUUACUUCAAGCUAUACUUAAAAGGGCUAUUGGCUCUAAUGCUGCUUAUAUCGGUUUGAUGAAACGAAAAGAAGAAAACAACCUGAACUUUCUCUUAGAAUCACUGGGAAAAUUAUAUCUAGAAGGUCUAGAUCCCAAAAUCGAGAGACUUUAUCCCCCUGUGAAAUUUCCUGUGCCGAGAUGUACUCCAAUGCUUUCAGAUUUAAUCAAGUGGAACCAUUCUCAUUCUUUCUCUGUACCGAAGUGGGCGCCUUCAUCUACAACUUUUAUUCAUGGAUUUGAUUUACAGAAUGCAGAUAGCUAUCUGAUGGAUCACAAGCUGGAUGGAAGAUCUUUGUUUCCGGCUACGGGUUACAUAUACUUGGCCUGGAAAGCUUUAGCGGAGAAGCAUAAAAAAUCAAUAGACGAGAUCCCAGUCGUAAUUGAAAAUUUUAAAAUUAGAAGAGCCACAGUUUUGAAUCCAUCAAAGAUUAUGAAAUUCGAAAUUAACUUGCUGGAUAUAAGCGGUAAUUUCGAAAUCAUGGAAGGCCAAUCUCUUGUUGCUUUCGGUAAGGUAUAUGUUCCUCCAAAUCCAGAAAUAAUUGAUGUUUCACCGGAUCUUGGAGAGACAUCUCGUCUUCCAGGAGAACAAGUAUACAACGAGCUCAAACUCCGUGGAUACGAAUACGGCCCUGAAUUCAGAGGAGUUAUGGAAAUGAAUAUUGACGGAACUGGAGGUCUUGCAUCUUGGAAUGAAAAAUGGAUUCCUUUCUUAGAUUCACUCCUUCUUUUCUCUGGAGUAUUAACGCAGAACGAAGCAUUCUGUCUACCAACUGCUAUUUUGUCCUUUAAAAUUAAUCCAAAUUUUUUUCAAAGAAAAAAUCGUGUUUCUGUUACAUACGAUGCAAAUAUGAGGAGAUGCCGCUGUGCUGGAAUCGAAAUUACAGAACUCUCUGCUGAUAUGGCCACACGCCGUCUGAAUAUAAUUGACCCCAUUCUAGAACAAUACAGAUUUAUUCCUUAUGUAAAUGUCUACACUCCUCCUGAAGAACACCGGAAACAAAUACUACAAUAUAAAAAUUCCUGCAAUGCUGUCAUCGAUAAAUUAGGCGAAAUUUUAAAAAAACGUAUUUAUAACUUCUUUUUAUUUUCUUCUAUUACUUCUUCUAUUUUAUUAUCAACAAGAUGUGUUUUCAUAGAGCAGCCAGCUAAGGGACCACAGCUGCCACCGUUCAGCUUAGACGAACCCUUUUACGAUCAUAUUGUAAAAAAGAACUUGCUCAUGAAUGUAUGGAAGAAUGGAUUAUGGGGAUCUUUCAGGCACUUACGAAUUCAUGGAGGCAAACCAUUAGAGCCUGUUGAACACAGCUUCGCCAUGUGUGCCAAGACAGGGGAUCUCUCUUCAUUUGAAUGGAGGGAAUCUCAUAUAAAAUACACUAAGCUUCGCCCAGAUCAAACGUUUCACGUGUACUACUCUGCUUUGAAUUUCCGAGAUAUCAUGAUCGCUUCUGGAAAACUGUCUGCUGAAUUUGGAAAGGAUCCAGAGGGUAGAGAUGACGUUGUAGUAGGUAUCGAGUGCUCUGGAAAAGAUUCAGACGGCCGCAGAUUGACUGGCAUUGUCCGAAACCGAGGUAUCGGAACAGCGAACAAAGUAGAAAGCUUAAUUUCACUUGAAGUGCCAGAUAACUGGACUUUAGAAGAGGCUGCCACUAUCCCAGUGGUCUACAUGACAUGUUAUUAUGCCCUGAUAACACGUGCAAGACUUCAGCCAGGGGAAAGCAUUUUAAUUCAUUCGGGAACAGGAGGUAUAGGUUUUGCCGCAAUUUGCAUUGCACUGAGCAUGCAGUGCGAGAUAUUUACCACAGUGGGUACCGAAGAGAAAAAAGAAUAUUUGAAGAAAACGUUUCCACAAAUUAAAGAAGAAAAUAUUGGUUGCUCACGUGAUUUAUCAUUUGAGGUCAUGGUUAAGACGAGAACAGCAGGAAAAGGUGUGGAUGUGGUUUUAAACUCACUUGCUGAUGAUAAAUUUUUGGCGAGUAUCCGUUGUGUAGCAGAGCAUGGAAGAUUCGUAGAGCUUGGGAAAUAUGAUUUAUCUUUGGACCGAGAGAUUGGUUUGAAGCGCUUUUUAGACAAUAUUACAUUCCAUGGUGUCUUCAUCGAUCGCUUCUUAUACAACCUACAGAAUACAAAAUUUUUCAUAGAAUUAAAUCGAUUAAUGCAAGAAGGCAUGAAAAAUGGAGUUGUCAGACCUCUUGAUCGAACGGUAUUCGAACGAGAAGAAGUAGAGAAAGCCUUCAGAUACAUGGCUGGAGGAACGCAUAUUGGAAAAGUAUUAAUCAAAAUACGAGAUGAAGAAAAAGAAAGAUUCGUAAAACCUAAAAUAUUAAAAUUGCCUGCCAUAUCUUACACCCAAUUUUACGACACCAAAGUGUACAUCAUUAUUGGCGGCCUUGGAGGAUUUGGAAUUGAGCUCACGAAGUGGAUGAUUAAAAAAGGUGCGCAAAAAAUCAUUUUGACAUCUAGAUAUGGAGCCAGAACUCCCUAUCAUUUCUUGUGCUUGAAGAGAUGGAAAGAAAAAGGUUGUUUAGUUCAAGUAUCCCAGCUGAACGUCGCCAAAAAGGAUGAAGCUAAAAAAUUGCUGGAAUUGGCUUCCCAGAUCGGCCCAGUUGGCGGAAUAUUCAAUUCUGCUGUUGUUUUGAAAGAUGCUUUUAUGGAGUACCAAACGGCGCCCGACUUCCAAGACGUCAGCGCUCCAAAAGCUGAAGCAACAAAAAAUUUGGACGAACUGUCUCGGAAAUUUUGUCCAGAUUUGGAUUACUUCGUGUGCUUUUCAUCCAUCAGCUGCGGUCGUGGCAACGCCGGACAAACAAAUUACGGCUACGCUAAUUCAGCCAUGGAAAGAGUUUGUGAGAAAAGGUCCAGCAUGGGAUAUCAUGGUUUGGCCAUUCAGUGGGGUAUUAUUGGUGAAGUGGGUGUGGUGCAUAGACACAUGGGAGAUGAUGCCCGAAUUGCUGGAGUAUGUGCCCAGAGCGUUAAAUCCUGCCUAGAUACACUGGAUACUUUCUGCAAGCUCAAAUACCCAGUUGUGAGCAGCUAUGUUACAACAGGCUCAUCCCAAAUCAAAGCACAAGGAGAUGUCUUGUCACAGAUUGCUAAAAUGUUGGGAAUGAAGGACUUAUCAGAAUUAAACAACUUCCGAAGCUUUGGUGAGAUGGGUAUUGAUUCUUUGAUCGGAAUUGAAAUAAAAAACCUGCUAGAAUCCGCUUGUGAUGUCACACUAACAAUGCAAGAAAUUCGAGAGAUGAAAUUUGAUGAUGUCAAACUUCUCCUGGAAAAUGCAGAAAAGGCGAAGGAAAGUUCUGGCAAUAAAUCGACAACUCUAGUGACCACUGCUCAAGUAAACCUUCCAGCAUUCACUGUCCAUACCGAACCUGUUAUCCCUCUCAACCAUGCAGGUACAGGAAAGCCAGUUUUUAUAGUCACAGUAGGAAACGGAGAUUUGGAGCAAAUACAUGCAUUAGGGAAGAGCAUUAAUAAUCCCGCAUUUGCCCUGGUUUGGACGAAGGACAUUCCAUCUGCGGACAUGGAAGCUCUUUGCACGUGGUAUUUAAAUAAAAUCACAGAAGUAAGAAAUGAGCCUCUUCACCUGGUGGGAUUUUCAACAGGUGGAAGCAUAGCAUUUGAAAUGGCACUUCAGAGUGAAAAGGCAGGUGUAGACGUAACGAAUCUGACUCUCCUGGAUGGUUCAUCAGAUCUCCGAAAUAAUCUUAGCAACGAAGACCAAAAAGGAAUUUCAGAAGUUGACAUUUUAUGUAAAUUCGUAGAGCAAAUUUCUCCUGCCGGAAUACUUAAACUUAGAGAAGAUUUAGAAAAUGCAGAACAUUUUGAUCAGCGCGUCAAAAUCGUUUGUAGCCAUCUAACAACAAUUUCUACUCAUCCCGUAAACGCAAGCGAUUUGGCAGAUGUGAUUGAAGCUCAUGUAGCAAAAACAAAACUCAACCAAUCUUACGUUCCUCAACAGAAACUGAAGCAAGAUCUUCAUUUAAUUGAAGAUUCUAAUCGCAUACUGUCCAAUGAUAUUAAAGAAGUAAAAGCUGUCUUUUCCGAGGUAUGCAGUGGCAAGAUUUUCAUUUACAGAACGUAUGGCUGUGAUGAUUUAUCAAAUGAAGAAAAUAUUCCAAAAUUUGUAAAUGUUUUUGAUGCAAUACUUAAAUGUGAAUGAUAUACUUAUAAGUAUAACAGAUAUUGAGAAUAAAAGAAUUUUUGGAGAAUUUAA